AUUUAAGUCACUGCUUAGUUAGUUCGCAUUGUUCUGUCUGAUUGUAUGAUGACUGGUGAUCACAUCAAGGUUAUCUAUUUUAACGGACGCGGACGAGCUGAAUCGAUCCGGAUGACACUUGUGGCAGCUGGUGUGAACUACGAAGAUGAGAGAAUUAGUUUCCAAGAUUGGCCGAAAAUCAAACCAACUAUUCCGGGCGGACGAUUGCCUGCAGUGAAAAUCACCGAUAAUCAUGGCCACGUGAAAUGGAUGGUAGAGAGUUUGGCUAUUGCACGGUAUAUGGCGAAGAAGCAUCAUAUGAUGGGAGGAACAGAAGAGGAGUAUUAUAAUGUUGAGAAGCUGAUUGGUGAGGCUGAAGAUCUAGAACAUGAAUAUUACAAAACUUUGAUGAAGCCAGAAGAAGAGAAACAGAAGAUAAUCAAAGAGAUACUGAACGGCAAAGUACCAGUUCUUCUCGAUAUUAUCUGCGAAUCUCUGAAAGCGUCCACAGGCAAGCUGGCUGUUGGGGAUAAAGUGACUCUAGCCGACUUAGUUCUGAUUGCUGUCAUUGACCAUGUGACUGAUCUGGAUAAAGAAUUUCUAACUGGCAAGUAUCCUGAGAUCCAUAAACAUAGAGAAAAUCUACUAGCCAGUUCACCGAGAUUGGCGAAAUAUUUAUCAGACAGGGCUGCAACUCCCUUCUAGAACUGUCAACAGGAUGCUGGGUGUGACGAGAUUGAAGAUACUGAUUGUAGUGCACUGGUGUGACCUUUUUACUAAGACGUCAUUUGUUUUAUGGUAUUUUUUUCGCAAUCGUUAUUAAAAUAAACUUAGUUUUCUGUUUAA